AUGGAAGAAGUGGAGGAGACAGCGGGAACCGCCCUGGAAGCCGUGGCGGCCGAUCUGGCCGGCGGGCCGGGAGCAAUCUAUGUCGGCGACCUAAACCAGCUGGUGGGCCCAUCAUACGACCCGGAACACGGGGACGAAGACGGCAAUGUUCCCCUCAGCGCCCUGGAGAAAUGGGAGUGGAUAUUCACUUCCGACUAUUACCAGGAGCUCCUGGAAAAGGCGGAGCUGACCAAUCCCACUCCACUGGUCACCGAGGGCGAGGAGCUCACUUUCCAGAUGGUCUGCAUCGUACGGUUCACGCCACGGUGCAAGGUCAUGGAACACGUCCUUGCUCCCAACGUCUUUGAGCGCACCAAUGGUCAAAUGAAAAUCUCGCUGGUGAGCUACGCGGAGCUGGGAAUAGCCGGACCGGACGUCAUGAAUCUCGUAGAAAACGGCACGCUGGCGCUGGCCGAGAUAGCCACGCCGUACGUGUCAGGGGAGUUGCCGGCCCUGGAAGUUCCCUGGCUAUGGGGACUCUACCCGGACACGAAGACCAAUUACGAUGUCUCCGUCGCUGUCCUCCCGGAACUCAACCGGCUGAUACAGGAGCAAACUGGCGGCGCCGUCCCCAUAGCCCAAUUCUGGGCGGUGCCGGACGAGAGCAUUUUCUUCUUCACCAAGACUCCCAUGCGCACCCUGGAGGACUUUGAAGGACAGAAGUUCCGCAGCUUCGGAGGCGCAAUAUCAGACAUGAUUGCCGGUAUGGGAGCCGACGGCCAGUUCGUCGCUUUCUCCGAGGUAUACGUGGCGAUGGAGCGGGGUAUCCUGGACGGGGGGUUGACCAGCACGACAGGAGCUGUGGGCGGCAGGUGGUACGAAGUCGUUGACCACAUGACCGGCUACUUCCCCUUAUUUACUCCGCUGUUCAUGUACAUGAACAAGGACCAGUUCGACAACCUGCCGCCCGACUUCCAGCAGAUACUCCUGGAAGAGGGAGCAAAGUUCGAGCUGGAGAUUCUCAGGGUUUCGCCAAUCCUCGGCGAAAUCGGGAUUCCCAGGGCGGUGGAUACGGGCCUCGAAUACAGCGAGUUCUCGCCGGAGUUAUGGGAAUACAUCUUCGACGAGGUGGUCCUGAAAAGAAUCGUUCCCAAAUGGGUGGAGCGGACCGGCGGGCCUGAUUCCGAUGCCGUAGCCCUGUUCAACAAAGAGGCGGCACCGGUAGUUGGCGUCAGAAUCAACCCAGACGGCAGCGCUACGGUUAUUGAUCAGUAA